GAAAAAAAAAAAAAAAAAAGCUGGCUGGAGUGAGAAGUUAAAUCACGGAAAAGAUAUGUGUUGUUGGUUAAUCCAGCCCAAGAGUGAAGAGGAGGAUCUCUGAGAGAGAAAGAGAGCAGUUGCUGAAUUAGUUUCUUGCCUUUUGUUCCCUGUCCUAACGAUAUGGAGUCAGCCAUUCAGACGGUGGUGAAGACAUUUCUCUCUUCCACCAGGGGGAAAGAGAACCUAGAUGGGAAAGCCUUCAAGAAACUGAUACAGAAUCAGCUCGGCAACAUCAUGGAUGACACAAAUAGCUCCUCUGCCAUAAAGGAGAUGCAGCAGGGACUGGAUGAGAACAGCGAUGGAAAGGUCAGCUUCCAGGAAUAUCUCACUCUGAUUGGCUACUUGGCCAACUCCCUCAGUCAGAGCAAGACCGGAUCCAACGCAGAUGCAUCGUAGAUGUCUGUGAAGCUGCAGUGUUGGGUGGAUCAAAUUAACACCUUUUUUUUUUUUUUUUUGCACCCUUUAAGUAUCUUUUCUAAUUUCCAAAUGUUCCAACAAUCAUGUAUUAAUUUUUCAUGACAGUACAUAGUCAUUUUCAUUCACCUAAUCCAGCAGUUGCAUAAUCCCCUGAACUACACUUUAAUGUCUGUCCAGAUCAAUCUGUUUAUUUUUUUUCCAGUCACAUCAUUACUGAUCUCCUCUGUCAAGGACACAUUGAAGGACCCUGAGCUGGGCGUGUCUUUUUUAUACCAAUCAUACAAAGGAUACUUACUAUAUUUUAAAAAAAUAAAUGCUUUAUAAUAAAA